AAUUUACUAUUUUAUUUAUUAUUAUUUUCUCAUAUAAUUUUAAAAUGAGAGUAAUAAUUAGAAUACAACUAAAGCUAAAGGUACAACUCAAACACGGCGGACAAGGUACUGCACCCACCCUCGUGACAUUAAAUUCAGUUAAAUGACGUGGCAAAUCCGCCCACAAAACUGAAAAACAAAACCCACCUCAGUCAACAAACACACCCCCCAGUAUUUCCCCCAUUUUCAUUCAAACCCUCACACCAUCAUCACCACCACCGUCUACCGCCAUGCGCCGCCACCGCCUCGCCCCUGCACCGGCGCCUCAUCUCCGGGAUAAUCCAUGGACACCGUCUCCUUCUCCGUCGGCCUCCACAGCUUCGUCUUCGGAGCCGCCGCCUUCUUACUCGUCGUCGAAUUUAUCAUCGUCAUCAUCCUCAUCAUCGUCGUCGCCGCCGCCGUCUAAAUUACCGGUUGACUUCAGUCCGCCGCUGAUAGCCAUGGUGGUUAUAAUAGCAACCGCCUUCGUCAUCAUCACCUACUCGCGCCUCCUUUCCCGCCACUUCAUCCACAUCUACCACCGCUACAGGCGCUGGCGCCGCCGUCGCCGGCGUUACGUCCCGUCCUCGUCCGGCGGCGAUAUCGAGUCGCCGCCGUACCCGUUCGAUCCGACCGACGCGUUCCACGUGCUCUCGCCGUACGGCCUCGACGAGUCGAUCAUCAAAACAAUCCCCCUCUCCGUCUACACGCGGAAGAGCGGCUUCCACGAUUGCGCCGUGUGUUUGUUGGAGUUCGAAGGAAACGAUUACGUCCGUACACUUCCGGUCUGCGCACACUCCUUCCACGUUGACUGUAUUGAUAUAUGGCUUAGGUCACACGCGAAUUGCCCCCUCUGCCGCGCCGGAAUAUUCCGUCAGGAUUCGCCGUUUACUCCGUUAAUGGCCGCCAGGAUUAGACCUAGCCUCGACGACAUAAUAAUCGAGACCACAAUUCUAGAACCUCUAACGGAAAUCCCGAUGGAAUCGGAUCCGAUAACAGAGGGAGAAAUCAGUCAGGAGCAAUCCCCGAGGCGGAGCCACCAAUCGGAGGACAGAUUCAACCGCCGCGAUUUCCUAUUGAAGCGGUCGUAUUCGUUCGGAUUCGAACGGAACUUAGGAUCGGAGAGAUUAGUUCUAGAGCCCGUAACCGCCUCGCCGUGGCGGUACAGGCGCGGCGGAGGCGGAAGCCUAUGGAGCAAACGCCCUUCCCCGUUCAGCUCACUGUCGAAACCUAGGGUUUUCUCGUUCCGCUACUACAGGGGAAUGAAAUCCCCAUUCUUCCGGCGGCGGAGCAUCGGCGGUUUGUUCCCGUUAUCCGAGUCGAGCGUACGUUUCGGCUUAUCCAGCGGCGGCGGCAGCUCGUCGAGGAGGACGAAAUCGUUCGCCAGCCCUAUGUUCAUGCGGUCGGCCGGAGCGGCGGGGGGGCUGUUCUCGUCGAGCCGGCUGAGGAGCGGCGAUCCAGAGGCGCUAUUGUCACCGGAGAGAUUUAGUAGACGGUGAGGAUUGAAGACACGUGGAUGGACCACAAUUAACGCUGGUUUGGAAACAAAAUAAAUAAAAUAAAAUUAUAUUAAUUUAUAUAGUGGGAAGAGUGCCCUCAUUUAAUUGCUUGUCUGGAAGUUCUGAUGGGGGCAUUAAAUUGGGGAAGUGAGUGAAGAAUGGGAGUGCAUUUAAAGAAUUUAUAGUAGGUUGGCCAUUGCACUGUCUCUCAUCUGUACGUAUAUGUGUAAGCAGGUUUAGUUUUCUUUUUUUCUUUUUUUUUUUUGUUUUUGUACAUUUAAUAUUUAGUAUACGAUUCUUUGUUGAGGGUGGUGGGGGGAGAAGUGAUGGAUCGAUGAUCAUAAAUGCAAAGAGCUGGCGAUGGGCCUUUUCUUUAA